CGGUGGAAUAGUUGAUUUUCAAUUUCAAAUUAUCGAAUCUUUUAAACGCGGUAGAGGUGUUAAGAAAUCGAAAUCGAAAAUCGAAAAACAACCUGACCAAGUUUAGAUGUUCAAGUUUUUAGCAAUUUUAGCCCUUGCGGCCCUGUGUACAGCCGAUGUUGAUCCUGGACCAUCACCUCCAUGUCCUUCUGACAACUCAAUUCAGGCCUACUUCGCCUCAAACGAUUGCACGAAAUUUUGGCAGUGCUCUAAUGGAGUCGCCUACUUAAUGUCAUGUGCUCCUCAGACACAUUGGGACCAGUCCCAGUGGACUUGCGUUCAUAUUCGAGACUCUACAUGCACUGGUGAAGGAUGGUCUUCUACUGAGGCUCCUACAACCACUACGACCACUACUGAGGUUCCAACAACAACAACCAAGGUCACUAGUACCACAACCAAAGCUCCAACCACAACAAGCAAGGCAACAACUACUACUACCCAGGCAUCAACUACUACUACCGAAGCAACAACUACUACAACCAAGACAACAACUACUCCUACUGCCUCCACCACAACAACUAAAGCUCCAACCACAACAACCAAAGCGGCAACCACUACGACUACCACUACGGCUCCAACCACAACUACCAAGGCAACAACUACUACAACCAAGGUAACAACUACUCCGAAUACUACAACUGCCUCGACAACUACCACAACCACUGCAGAACCAACUACAUCGCCAACAACUAAAGCUCCAACCACAGAAACCAAGGCAACUUCUACUACAACCACUGCAGCUCCAACUACAACUCCAACAACUGAAGCUCCCACAACCACAGCAACGCCUAAACCAACCACAACUACAACUACAGCUCCAACUACAGCCCCGAUAACGGAAGCUUCCACAACAACGCCGAAACCAACCACAACUACAACUAAAAAAUCCACAUCAAAUAUUACAACCACAACCGCAACCCCAUCCACAACAGCAAGUCCAACUACAACCGAAGUUCCAACUACAACCAAAGCUCCAACUACAACCGAAGCUCCAACUACAACCGAAGCCCUAACUACAACGGAAGCUGCAACUACGGAACCUGAAACCAAAGCACCAACAACCAGUAAAAAGCCACAGCCAAACGACCACGAAUGUCCCGAAGUAGACGGUCCUGACUCGGUUUACUUUCCAGACGAAGACUGCACCAAAUUCUGGCAAUGCUCUAACGGAGUAGCUUAUCAGCACUCUUGCGCUGAUGGUUUACACUUCAAUCCGGUAUUGAACGUGUGCGAUUGGCCUUAUAGAGCUGGUUGCGCUAACAAAACUACCACUUCGAAAGAAGAUUUAACAACUACUCCUGUAGAACCGGAAAUAUCCUCUACUCCCACUUCUUCGGACGAGGAAUCAACAAGCGCUGCACCUGUAACUUCAACUGAAGAGCAGUCAGAAUCAAUCACAACGGAUAGCCAACCGGACGAAGAAUCAACAAGCGCUGCACCCGCAACUUCAACUGAAGAGCAGUCAGAAUCAAUCACAACGGAAAGCCAACCGGACGAGGAAUCAACAAGCGUUGCACCCGCAACUUCAACUGAAGAUCAGUCAGAAUCAAUCACAACGGAAAGUCAACCGGAAUCAACCACAUUAGAAGAAUCUAAAGAAACUAGCGAACAACCUGGUAAAUCGACCAGUGCUGCAACCGAAGAGACCUCAGAUAGCUCAUCUCAAGGCUCGGUAUCCACAACGGUUGCUACAAGUGCACCUGAGUCCAGUCCAACAACUCAAGUUCCCACCACCACCAUUAGCCCAUCUACCACGCAGGCGCCAACCACUACUGAUGAGUGUAUUCCGCCACCCACACGAUGUACCUGUACAUGCGAAGCCGUUCCCGUAACUGGAACCAGCCCCAUUUGGACCACUCCAAGUUCGACUGUCACAGAGCAUGACAAAGAAAUUAGUUCACCAACUUGUACAGAGUCUCCAGGUGAAGAAACUACCACGUCUGCAUCAGAGGAAUCAUCGACUCCUGGUGGCGAAUCAUCAAGUCCCGCUGGAACAAAUUCUGAAGAGCCUGAGAAGUCAUCUACUCCUGGUGAAGAAUCUUCAACUACUGUUGAAAAUAAUGAGGAAUCGUCGACUCCUGCUGGAGAGCCUUCAAGUCCCGCUGAAACAACUUCUGAAGAGUCUGAGGAAUCAUCUACGCCUCCUAGAGAAACAUCUCCCGACGCUUCAACAUCACCAACAACUGUUACUGAUGACGACGACGAGACUACCACAGUACCAUCUUCAAGUCCCGCAGAAACAACUUCUGAAGAGUCUGAGGAAUCAUCGACACCUUCUGGAGAAUCAUCUCCGGAAGCUUCACCAUCGCCAACAACUGUUACUGAUGAUGACGUUGAGGCUACCACAAUACCAUCUUCAACAACCAUUGUACCUUCUCCAUCAACCGCUUCACCUCCAGCACCAACAACUGUUACUGAUGACGACGCUGAGACUACGACAGUACCACCUUCAACAACCAUUGUACCUUCUACAUCAACCGCUUCACCUCCAGCACCAACAACUGCUCCACCCUCACCACCAACAACUGCUCCACCCCCACCACCAACAACAGCUUCACCUCCACCACCAACAACUGCCCCACCUCCGCCGCCAACGACCGCUGUUCCAGAAACAUCAUCCCCCAGUGCACCCCCACCAAGUGGUCAAAACAGCUGUGACAAAUUAUCCAACCUUUGCCCGAGGGUUGAUGGUAAACACCCAGUUUACAUUGCUCUGGAGUCUUGUGAUGGAUUUUGUCAAUGUUCUAAUGGACAGGCCUACUACCAACCUUGUGCCCCCGGACUUCAUUUCAACCCCAUUUUGAAUGUGUGCGAUUGGCCUAGGGAUGCUGGAUGUACAGGUAUAGCCGGGACGACUUCUACUACUGAAAAUAUUUCAGAAACAACCACAACUUCAACAACCGAAGCUCCAACAACCACUUUAUCUACGACAACACCCCCUCCAACCACAACUACUACAACAACUCCACCGCCAACCACAACCGAAGCAGCUGCAACCACAAUCGGUCCAGACUACCACGGUGACGUCACAUACGUAUGUCGCGGUCGUCCUCAAGAUUUCUUCUUAAGUCCUCACCCUCACGACUGUGGAAAGUACAUAGCCUGCGACCAUGGAAAAUCUGACGUUAUGUCCUGUCCGGAUAAUUUGCACUUUAGCCCAACGAUUUACGUGUGCGUUCAAUCCGAAUCUGCCGGAUGUACCGCCACGCCUCUGGAGGAGAGCUCCCUCAGCGGUAGAUUUGCCAAGUUUUUUAGCAAAUGGUUCUAAAUUAGGUAUUGUGAAUAAAUAAUUUGAAAAAUAUAUUUUUGUAUAAUAAAUUAUGAGCGAAUCGGUUGAAUUAUG